CACCAACUUCUCUUAUCUCUUUGUAUAAACAGAAAAAACAAUAACAACAAGAUACAAUAAUGGCGGCCGCAACUAUGUCUUGGGACGAUGGGAUGCACAUGAAGGUGAAGAGAGUGCAGGUUACAUAUGAAGAUGUGAUCAACUCCAUAGAGGCUGAGUAUGAAGAUGACCAAAAUCCCAAGCGUCACGGCAAUCCUGGCAGGAAAUCUGACGGCGUGAGCUUGAGCCCAGACGAGUACAUAACAGAUGUUACUGGCUACUACAAGUCUUCGGGUGCUGAAGAUGCUGUAGCAGCACUGGCUUUUAAGACCAACAAAACCGAAUAUGGGCCUUACGGAAACAAAACCGGGAACCAAUUCUCCAUCCAUGCACCCAAAGAUAACCAGAUCGCUGGUUUUCAAGGAAUCAGCAGCAAUGUUCUCAACUCCAUCGACGUCCACUUUGCUCCUUUACCAUCUUCCGUUUCCUCUUCAUCCCCAUCUUCGGCUUUGGGCCAAGCCAACAAAGUGGAGGCCCAAGGUGGGAAAGGAGGAACACCAUGGGACGAUGGUGCUCAUGAACAUGUAAGAAAAGUGUACGUUGGACAAGGUGAUUCUGGUGUCACUUACGUCAAGUUCGAGUACGAGAAGGCCGGUAACAGGGAAACACGUGAACACGGAAAGAAGACCUUGCUCGGAGCAGAAGUGUUUGAGGUUGAUCCAGACGACUACAUCACAUCAGUGGAGGUGCAAUCGGACAGGAUCUUUGGGGACGACACGGACGUUAUCACCUGCUUAAUCUUCAAAACAGCCAAAGGCAAAACCUCACCACCUUUCGGACUCGAGGGUCCGCAGAAACACGAGCUCAAGGACAGGAAAGGUGGCAAAGUUGUUGGAUUCCAUGGACGAGUAGGCGGCGAGCUUCUUAAUGCUCUUGGAGCUUAUUUCGCUCCUCCUUCGUCUGCCGGUGGUACUGCUUCGGCCACUAAGCCAGCUGGAUCAGCUGCCGGUGCCAAGCCCAUUUCCAAGUAGUGGAUUUAAGAGUAUGUGUUCGUUAACGAGUCCCGGUCUAAAUAAAAAACGAGCUAUAUAUAAAAAAGCUGUGGUUUAGAAAUUGUCAUUGUACGUGUGUAAACGGUAAGUGGAAUGUUUGAAUAAGGUCUUUCGCACUAGUUCGGUUUGUGUGCUUAUGUUGUUGUGGAGUUUGUAACACUGUUAAUAACAUGUACCACAAAAUAAAAUCUUGGUUAUCUUGUGAUGUAAUUGCGAAUCUGUGAUAUUUUUAUUAAUUUCAACCAGUUUUCUUUUAUCGAAAAAAUC